AUGAAGUUUGGUGAGGCAUUGAGCGAAGGUUUAGUGAAUGAAUGGCAGGACCAAUAUGUCAAUUACAAAGAAGGAAAGAAAUUAAUUAAGAAAAUUCGAAGUUUAAAGGACGAGUAUGACGAAUUGAAACUGACUGGAGAUUUCACAUUUCAAUCGAAAAAUAGUGGUACUAACGAUGACAGAACACCACUAUUAAGUCCAAUUGAUGGUGGUGGUGGUUCAAGAGGGUAUGGACAAGAAAAUGAGCAAGGUACUUUUGCUACAGAUACUGAACAUAGUCAUAGCUAUAAUUAUUCACUGCAACAGCUACGCCCAUCGAUAUUCAACUAUUCUUUACGGUCAUCGUCGCGGAAAGACGAUUAUUUGGCUGAAAAAAGGAAAUUUCAGCAAUGGCUUGAUCUGGAGUUAUUAAAAGUUGACGAGUUUUAUUCAGAAAGAGAGCAACUUGUUUAUGAGAGAUUUCUUUUAUUGCAAGAUCAGUUGUACCAACUAAGGGACCAAAGAACUCAACUAAUACAAACAAGAAACUUGCAUGAUCAUAGGAGUCACAAUCCACUCUCACUAAACGGUAACGGUAACGGUAACGGUAACGGUGACCAUGCCUCUGUCUCCUAUAAUGUCAAUGAAUUAGCUUUCCACACCAAGUUCUUUCUCAGCGAGUUGAAUAGAUAUGAACUUCCCUCAUUGCCUUCGAUGACAUUCUUAAAGAGAUUGAUGCGAAGAAAGAGAAGUAAUAAGCACGAUGUAGAAGACGAAAUAUCACUAAAUGUUCAAGAUGAAACGGAUUUAAACUAUGCAGAAAAUAGAGUACGGAAUGGGAUUGUUGAUCUAACUGACAGGCCUGGAGAUGAUCAAACUUCCUUUGACUCAGAAUCAGACUUUGAGGCGAUCCCAGCACCAUCACCACGUGUAUCUACACCUGAGCUGCAAACUGAGAGUCAAUCAAGACAAUCUCGAAGAAGAGAUUAUACCAUCAAAAAGAAACGACAUUUUGGAGUUCCCUAUUUGUAUGCAAAGAAACAGCUCAAAGCAGCUCUUUUAGAACAUUAUAGAUCUUUAUCCAUCCUAGAGUCUUAUAAGAUAAUGAAUCGAACGGCAUUUAGAAAGAUUACAAAGAAAUACGAUAAAGCCAUGAGUACAAACAUAAUGGAGCCAUUCAUGAAUAAAAUUGAUACAACUUCUUAUUUUUUAACUAGUGACUUGCUAAGUAAGCUUAUAAUCCAAGUUGAAGAAUUAUUCAUUACAUUUUUUGAUUCCGGUUCCAGUGACAGAAAACAUGCUUUGGAAAAGCUAAAAACUAUUACAUAUACGAUAAAUGCCUCCGAAAUGAAACAACCAUCCUAUUAUAGUGAGUUUUUCAGUUCAGGAACUUUGAUUGGGUUUGGUAUACCUUUAUUUGUAUUGGGCUUGUAUACAGGUUUAUACAAAACCUUGAAUGGUGAUCUACCUGAGGGGAGAUAUAUACUUCAGAUCUGGGGAGGGUUUUUCUUAUUAACGCUUAUGUUUCUUUUAUUUGGGAUCAAUAUGGUUGUUUUUGAGAAAUUCCGUAUCAAUUACAAGUUCAUUUUUGAGUUUGAUUUAGCUACGGCAUUAAACUAUAAGCAAUAUUGGUUAUUACCAAGCUUUGCCUUUGCUUUUCUAUCCUUAAUUGCGUGGUUCAGUUUUAGUGAUUUUUGGCCUCGCAAAUUCCCAGGCCGAGAUUGGCCUUGGAUAUUUUUUGGAGUCAUGAUUGUUAUAUUUAUGUGGCCAACUAAUGCGUUUUAUGGCCCCAGCAGAAGAUGGUUACAAUUUGCAUUAUGGAGAUUAUUGUUAUCGGGCUUGUAUCCUGUUGAAUUUCGAGAUUUUUUUUUGGGAGAUAUUGUUUGUUCACUAACUUAUACCAUGGGGAACUUGUCAUUUUUCUUUUGCAUGUAUGCUCAUCAUUGGAGAGGUACUUUAGCAGGACAGAAUCCUGAUAGAAACACAUGCACGUCGUCGAAGUCACACUUGAUGGGCUUUUUUGCUGCACUUCCAAGUGUCUGGAGAUUAUUGCAGUGUAUCAGACGUUAUAUGGAUACAGCAGAUUGGUUUCCUCACUUGGCCAAUAUGAUGAAAUAUACUUGUUCAACGAUAUACUAUAUGACACUUAGUUUAUACCGUAUUGACAGGUCUUUGAAUAAGAAAGUGACCUUUAUUAUGUUUGCAUCCAUCAACUCCGUUUAUUGUUCGAUUUGGGAUAUAGUAAUGGAUUGGUCAUUAUUGCAAAUGGGUUCAAAAAACUUUUUAUUGCGAGAUUAUUUAUUUUACAAAAACAAGUAUUACUAUUAUGCAGCGAUGAUUAUUGAUGUCAUAUUGCGGUUUCAGUGGAUAUUUUAUGCGUUUUUUGGUGAUCAAAUUCAACAAAGUGCGGUGACUUCAUUUUGUGUUGCACUAGCUGAGAUCUUACGUCGUUUUAUAUGGGUUUUCUUUAGAAUGGAAAACGAGCACUGCACUAACGUCAUCUUGUUCCGAGCAUCAAAGGAAACACCAUUACCUUAUGCCGUAUCAGCUAAAGUCGAGAAAGCAGUUAAAAGAUUGGUUGAGUUGCGGUAUAGGGCUCAAAAGUAUCAUGUUGAAGAAGGAACUGAUGCUGGUGCUGGUGCUGGUGCUGGUGCUGGUGGUGAGGAAACAACAGAAGAAUCUGUUGGGUAUACUACUGCACAUGCGGAAUCUAGAGGAGACGAUAUUGGCUCAAUCGAUUUAUCAAGGAUGUCUAUACCUUCGGGUCCACAAUUGCAACAACGAAAAACUUAUUUCAAACAAUUUACAGAUCGGUUGAAUACUGCUCAUAUAAAAGAUUUUCAAAGACGCAAAACGGCAAUCCAUCACCAUGCAGAGGACAGUGAUGAAGAUGAUGAAGAUGAUGAAGCUAGCAUUUCGGCAAAGACCAAUUCCAGAAACUCUCAAGAAUCGUACCCAAGACAAGAUGAAGAAGCAUAA